UUCUUUUUUCCCUUUUUUUUCUUCUUCUUUUGUUGUUUAUUCAAUUUUUAGUUUUUUAGGGGUGAUGUUCCACUCUUCAAGUUCUAGGCAUGAACAAUAUAUUGUCCGCACAAAAGCAACACUGCACAAAAAGCGCUCUUCAUUAGAAUCAGAGAAUUCAGGCGCUGACAGUGGAUACACAUCUUCGUCUUCAACACCUUCUACUAAUACGAAUCAUGUGGUUACUGAAUCCGACAAUUUAAACAAGACAUCUUCUAUCACAGAUACUGUGACGAGUAGUACGAGUACUAUUGUCACUACUCCCAAGAAGAAAAAGCCUAAAAAGCAUCAAUCUCCUCGCCAGCCCGACCUUGUCUAUUCUUGUCCGAGACCUUUAGCUUUUCCGUUCCACAAUGAUGACCAUUUUUUGCCCAUUGCGGAAGCUGAUCCGCGAGAUGUUGCUCGAGUUUCUCCUUCGCUCAAUAGAUCAUCCUCACUUCAAUCCAGCAGUAAGACAUCUGUAGGUUCAACACGCAUGUACGACAACUCCCAGUACAGUGCCAGUUCGCAUCGUAGUGCAAAGUCUCUGGAUGGUGUCUCCGCUUACAGUCAGCAAUCCUCCAUUCUGAGUACAAUACAACGUGGCACCGUGCGUUCUAUCAGAUCCCUCUUUCAGUUACCAGAUUCUCUGAGCAACAGCUUGAGUCGUGUUCAGUCCAAUCAAACUGCCUAUUCCUCGCAAAGUCUGCAGCGUCUGGAAAUCAAAAAGGGAACUGUGCAAUCCAUCAAAGACAUGUUUUCACUUAAACGAUCCAAUCUUCAGAAACCAUUAGCGCAGUCGAGACAACUACCUCAAGGAAAAGUUGGUGCAACCAUCGGUCAAUUCGAAUCUUCUGCCACUUUAGCAAAAUCAAACGAGAGCAUGAUGACUACACCAUUAAAACAAAAGCAAGGUUCUCAUGUCACACUUGUAUCGUCAUCAUCACCAUCAUUAGUAAAGCAAGAACCUAAACCCAAGACAUCAUUUACUUCGCGUGCUACUAAAUUCGCAAGUCGUGCUUUAUGGAAAUCUGCGCCUAAAACUCCACAAGAAGCGCCUAGUGUAACAAAAUCAUCAUCUGCUAAACCUUUGCCUAAAACACCAACGGAAGCAAGGACGGAACCGACGAAGAAAACAACACUAAAGUCGGAAGUCAAAAAGAUUUCGGCACGGAUGUUUGCUUUGCCAAAGACCUGGACUAAGAAACCUUCAGUAAUACCUCAACCACCACCAACAUCAGCAUCACCACCUCCACCAAUAGAUAAGACGCCCAAAAUUCCAAAAAAAUCACUGUUUUCUUCUUUUAAAAAGUCUUAUCCUUCUACUGAAGUAGAUAAAAACAAAAAGGCUACAGCAGCAACAACAACAACAACAACAGAAGCAGACGAAGUACCUCCAACAACAACCACUGUUGGAAAGAUGUGGAAGAGCUUUAAAAACCUUGUUACUGGUAAAAAGUCUUCCCGGGUUGGUGUUCUAUAAAUACCUCUUUAAUAUUUAAUCUUUUAUGAUUGUGCUCUCAUGAGCGUAAUGUAAUCUCCUUGUAUGUUUAUGAUUUCUCUAUAAUUUAUUCUUAUGUUUUUUCUUUUGCUUUAUGAAAAAAAGCAUAAAAAGAAUGAUAUCCUCUCUUACACAAUCUCACAGAAAAAAACCAAAAAAAAAAUCUAUACCACUUUCUUUUCCUCCCUUCUCUCUUUACAUCGUUUGAUUUGUCUUAAAAUAAUUACUGGUUUUAAACUAUUAAUAAAAAAAAAACCCCUCUCAUUAAAUGGAUUGGUUUGCAUGAAUCGUCAGAGAAAAUUCUCUAUUACCUGUAAGGUUUGAUAUAAAUAAAAACC